GGAAGGAGCCGGCGGGCGGGUGGGGGGUCCCGGCGCCUGCGUGGCCCUGCCCGGGCAGGGCGGCUCGGCUGGGUCGCGGUGUCGCCGACCCGUGCGGUACGGCUGGGCUGCCUCCCGGCCCCCGCUCCCCGACGCCGAUGCCAUGCUAAGACCAGAGGUCUCCGCAUCCUACCAGGAGAAAUUCCAGCAAUUGCAAGUUGAGAGCAUGUUUGGAAAUUGAACCACUGUUUUAACUACACAGCUGAGUGAAGAUGUGGAGCGAGUAUCUGAAAACCCAACAGAUGAAAGAGAAGGAGAGAUGGAAGUUCAUGAAGAUGCCAGCUCUGUUAUUUUACCAGAUAGUGAACUGGGUACCACUGCCCCUUCUUUGCGUUUCAGCAAGACCUGCCUAAAGAAUGUUUUUUCAGUAAUUCUCCUGUUUAUUUAUCUGCUGCUCAUGGCUGUAGCUGUGUUCCUUGUCUACCAAACCAUCAGUGACUUCAGGGAGAAGCUCAAGCACCCAGUGAUGUCUGUCUCUUACAAAGAAGUGUCCUUGUAUGAUGCACCUGGCAUUGCCUUUUAUCCAGGCAAGGCUCGGCUGCUUAGCUGCAAGCAUCAUUACUAUGAUCACAUUCCGCCUCUGAUAAAUCCAGGUCAGCCAGGAGACAUUGAAUGCACCACUCGGAGAAUCAACUACACAGAUCCUUUUACUAAUCAAACUAUGAAGUAUGCUUUGGUUGUUCAAGGCCCUCGUGAUGUGAAGAAAAAGGAACUUGUGUUUUUGCAGUUUCAUUUAAAUGAAACAGACCAAGAUUUUAGUGCCAUUGACUACCUUCUGUUUUCUUCUUUCCAAGAGUUCAUCAACAGUCCAGAAAAAGCAGAAUUCAUGAAGGACUGUGAAAGUUCAUACUCCAGCUGGAAGUUUUCCGGAGGCUUUCGAACUUGGGUCAAGAUGUCCUUGGUGAAAACAAAAGAAGAAGACGGUAGUGAGACUGUUGAAUUCAAACAAGAGACUAGUGUGGUUAACUAUAUUGACCAGAGAACUCAACCAAGAAGUGACCAACUGUUUUUUGUGGUAUUUGAAUGGAAAGAUCCUUUUAUACAGACUGUUCAAGAUAUAAUCACAGCAAAUCCCUGGAACAUGAUUGCUCUUCUUUGUGGUAUCUUUUUGGCUCUGUUCAAGGCAGCGGACUUUGCUAAAUUAAGUGUUAAGUGGAUGAUCAAAAUCCGAAAGAGACAUCUGAAGAGGAGGAGUCAAGCAAUGAACCACAUAAACUGAGACCAAGACUGCCUUCUUUUAACUAUUCCUAGCAGAAGGGAUACAAAAUAACUGGAAUACACUUCGACCAGCAGUACAGCAAUUAAAGAUGCAAACCAGGUAUGUUUUCUUCAGGAAAAACGAUGGCUGGAGGAACAGCCUAGUGAACUGGCCUUUGACCUUUAGCAAGGAGCUAACUCUAGGACAGGUCUAACAAACUCAUGCUUUUCUAUUCCCAAUUUAACAAGUUUACCUCAAUAUACAGGGGGACCAAGAGAGAAGGUGAGAUUUCACUAAUGUUCAGAAAGUCAACACUGUAAUGGUUAAGUUCUAAAAAAAUGGGUGGUGUUUUUGAAUGGUUCUCAGGAGAGGAGAACGUUUAACUUCUGCAUGAGCUAUGACCUGCAUCUGUUACCGUAACGCGGUUACUUCCUUGACUGUGUUUAGUGGAAGGUAAAGUACUCAACAGAACAGUCAGUCUGGCCUCCCCUCUCCAAAGUAUGUCUUAAAACAAAAUACACUGGAAUUCUGUUGUGUGUCAUUUUUGAUUUAAAGUAUAUUGACUUUAAUAUUAAAAAAAAUACUUCAAAUAA